CGCAUUUUCACCCUUUUUUAUUAUUAUUGUAUAUACACCAUUGUGGUUACUCUUACGAACUCAUGUCACAGAAAAAGUUACAAUCGGAAAUUGACAGGUUACUGAAGAAAGUGAGUGAAGGUGUUGAGACGUUUGAAUACAUUUUUGCGAAAAUCAACCACACAAACAACAACAAUCAGAAAGACAAGUAUGAACAAGACUUAAAGAAAGAAAUUAAAAAGCUUCAACGCUUACGUGACCAAAUCAAGACUUGGCUUGCUUCUAACGACAUCAAGGAUAAGCGUGCCUUACUUGAAAACAGAAAACUAAUAGAAUCACAAAUGGAAAGGUUCAAACAAAUUGAAAAAGAAAUGAAGACAAAAGCAUAUUCCAGAGAAGGUUUAAUGCAAAAGGAACGUUUGGAUCCAAAAGAUAAAGAAAAGGCAGAUGCAUGCGAGUUUGUUACGAAUGCGGUAGAUGAACUUUCAAGACAGAUUGAGACAGUCGAAUUUGAAAUUGAACAGCUUGAAGGGUCAGCUUCAAAGCGUGGUAGCUCUAAAAAGGCAGCCGAACGCGUUGAACGUUUGGAUGAGAUGAAUCGAUUGAACGAACGUCGCAAGUUUCAUAUCAAUCGUUUGGAGCUUAUCUUGAGAUUGCUUGAAAAUGAUCAACUGGAAGCCGAUAGCGUAAAUGAUUUGAAAGAAGCCAUUCAAUAUUAUGUGGAUUGUAAUCAAGAACCAGACUUUGAAGAGGAUGAAGGGUUAUAUGAUGAUUUGAAUCUAGAAGAAGAAGAACUGUUGUAUGCUAUCCGAACCACAGAUGAAUUUCAUCCUAAAUCCGAAUCAGAUACUGAAGAUAACCAAGAAGAGGAACAGCAGCAACAACCAGAAAAGGAAGAAAUCAAGCCCAGUCUAAAUAGUACUAAUGCUAGAUCCGUAAAAGAAGAAAUUGAUACCAAGCCUAAAGCGGAGACACCAUCCAAACCUUCUACUUCACAACCAAGGGCAACAACACCCACCACAGCAACAUCUACAUCCAGUAGUGUAGAGACACCAACAAGUUCAUCAACGCCAAAGCCUGCUUCAAAACCUGAAGUUGUCUCUGCAUGGGUUGAACCACCAAAGAUUGUGAAUAGCAGUAAAAAAGCAAAAGCCAAAGAGCCAGCCAAAUUGCCGGCUGCACUCACAGAUCUUGCCCCUUCAUUUGAAUCUGCCAGGAACAGACAACAUGAUCUGCACUAUACAAAUCAGAUGCUUGAUGCUAGUUUACAACAUGUACCAGACUUGAUUGAUUCAGAGAUGCCCAAGAUAUAUCAACCCAAGAAUCCUUUCAACACUCCUACUUAUUACCCUCAACAGCCAUUGGCUAUAUUUGAUAAUCCAAUGUUGUAUGAAAAAUUCGACAUUGAUACAUUAUUCUUCAUUUUUUACUAUCAACCAGGCACAUAUCAACAGUAUUUAGCAGCAAGAGAGUUAAAAAAGCAAUCAUGGCGAUUUCAUAAAAAGUAUUCUACAUGGUUUCAACGCCACGAGGAACCAAAGACGAUUACUGAAGAUUAUGAACAAGGCAUUUAUAUUUAUUUCGAUUAUGAAAAUGCUUGGUGUCAACGUAAAAAGAAUGACUUCAGAUUUGAGUAUCGUUAUCUAGAAGAUUCAUAAAUAAACAACUCUUCUUUACAUAGUGACUCCUUUUUUUUAUAUUGCAUUGAGUAACCAUCGUGAGAACAAUGCUGUCAAAUUGAAAGAGG